CGGUUUUGAUCUAUACAAAAUGAAUUUUUGGUAUGUGAUGAUUGUGAUGCUUCUUGUAAGUUCUGCUUCCUCACAAGUUGUUAAUCCAUGUUCAACAAACCCAUGUUUUAACGGUGGGACUUGUUACAGAAGUUAUGAAAAUCCUGGAGAGUAUGUUUGUCUUUGUACUGACGGCUUUUUAGGAACUCAUUGUGAAGUUGCCAGUCAAUGUUCACUAAACCCAUGUCUUAAUGGAGGAAUCUGUUUCAUAAGUUCAUCAAAUGUGGGAGAGUAUGUUUGUCUUUGCACUGACGGCUUUUUAGGAGUUAAUUGCGAAGUUGCCAGUCAAUGUUCACUAAACCCAUGUCUUAAUGGAGGAAUCUGUUUCAUAAGUUCAUCAAAUGUGGGAGAGUAUGUUUGUCGUUGCACUGACGGCUUUUUAGGAGUUAAUUGCGAAGUUUUCGAUGUGAGUAACAAUGGAACCUGCCCAGACUGCUAUACUGGUGACAACUGCGAAAUCUUGUUAAAUUCUUGCACCAACAAUGCAUGUCAGAAUGGAGCUGCUUGUGUCCAGGUUUCUGGUUCCUGUACAACUUACACCUGUUCCUGUCCUGAUUGCUACACUGGGCAAUUUUGUGAAACUUUGUUAAAUGCUUGCAACAACCAUGCGUGUCAGAACAGAGCCGCUUGUGUCCAGGUUUCUGGUUCCUGUACAACUUACACAUGUUCCUGUCCUGAUUGCUACACUGGGCAAUUUUGUGAAACUUUGUUAAAUGCUUGCAACAACAAUGCGUGUCAGAAUGGAGGUGCGUGUGUCCAGGUUUCUGGUUCCUGUACAGCUUACACAUGUUCCUGUCCUAAUUGCUACACUGGGCAAUUUUGUGAAACUUUGUUAAAUGCUUGCAACAACCAUGCGUGUCAGAACGGAGCCGCUUGUGUCCAGGUUUCUGGUUCCUGUACAACUUACAUGUGUUCCUGUCCUAAUUGCUACACUGGGCAAUUUUGUGAAACUUUGUUAAAUGCUUGCAACAACCAUGCGUGUCAGAAUGGAGCUGCUUGUGUUCAGGUUUCUGGUUCCUGUACAGCUUACACAUGUACCUGUCCUUCUUGCUACACUGGGCAAUUUUGUGAAACUUUGUUAAAUGCUUGCAACAACCAUGCGUGUAUGAAUGGAGCUGCUUGUGUCCGGGUUUCUGGUUCCUGUACAGCUUACACAUGUACCUGUCCUUCUUGCUACACUGGGCAAUUUUGUGAAACUUUGUUAAAUGCUUGCAGCAACCAUGCGUGUCAGAAUGGAGCUGCUUGUGUUCAGGUUUCUGGUUCCUGUACAGCUUACACAUGUACCUGUCCUAAUUGCUACACUGGGCAAUUUUGUGAACCUUUGUUAAAUGCUUGCGACAACAAUGCGUGUCAGAAUGGAGCUGCUUGUGUCCAGGUUUCUGGUUCCUGUACAGCUUAUACAUGUUCCUGUCCUAAUUGCUAUACUGGGCAAUUUUGUGAAACUUUGUUAAAUGCUUGCACCAACAAUGCGUGUCAGAAUGGAGCUGCUUGUGUCCGGGUUUCUAGUUCCUGUACAGCUUACACAUGUUCCUGUCCUAAUUGCUACACUGGGCAAUUUUGUGAAACUUUAUUAAAUGCUUGCAACAACAAUACGUGUCAGGAUGGAGCUGCAUGUGUCCAGGUUUCUGGUUCUUGUACAGAUUACACAUGUUCCUGUCCUAAUUGCUACACUGGCCAAUUUUGUGAAACUUUGUUAAAUGCUUGCAACAACAAUACGUGUCAGAAUGGAGCUGCAUGUGUCCAGGUUUCUGGUUCUUGUACUGAUUACACAUGUUCCUGUCCUAAUUUUACAAAUGUUUAUACUUGGAGCCAUUAA